AUGGAGAGGUACUUGUUAUCUACUAUCGUCACUAGCCAGGGUGGAGGAAAAUCCCUGUUGGAGAGCAUGGUGUUUGCUGUUCUACCUAUUGCAAAGGUCUUCACUGUGUGCUCCCUGGGGUUACUCAUGGCCUCAAAGUAUGUCAACAUUCUACCUGCUAAUGGUCGGAAGCUUCUAAACGGGGUGAGUAGUGAAUAAUAUUUCCUUUAUCUCAACAACAAUGCAUGAAAACCAUUUUUAUUCCUCGAGUUUAGAUUUCAAACAGUUUCUUUUCAGGAGUUUUCAGGUACCAUUCCUCUAGUUAUUUUGAAAUUGAAUAAUCUCAUUAAAUUGAUUGUAACUUCAAUAAGCUACACGAAAAACUUGUAAUUCCACAGGGAGAUAGCUCAGGCCGGAUCAAACUCAUUACUUCUGACAUUUGAUGUGUAGUCGAGCUCAUUGCUUUUCCACUGCCUACGCUCUUGAAUAACUAAAACCUUUGCAAAUAUCUGCUGCAGCUGGUCUUCUCUCUUCUUCUUCCUUGUCUGAUUUUCUCACAACUUGGGCGAGCAAUCACAUUACAGAAAAUGAUUGAAUGGUGAGUACCUUUUCUGUGUAUUUUUGUUGGUGAUUACAGGAUCAGUUGGGUGAGACGUGACUUCAGAAUUUAUGCAUCAUUUCAUAAGUACGCUAUAUGUUAGCCUAAAAUGAGACCCUUGAUAAAGGAAAUAAAACCUAUUGAUCUGAAAAACGUUUAGAUUUUAUAUAAUUUUUUUAUCUUGAGAGGCUAAAAGCAUUAAAUUCCUGUUGUAUGGUGACUGAAAGUUCCAUCAGGUUAAUGUACUGCUUCUAGUUUUCUUGAUGGGAUAGACAGAACACGUAUCUCAUUCAGAGUUUCUUUUUUAAAGUAGUUGGAAUUAUAUAUUUAAAGGCUGUUGAUGAUGGAUCUCCAUUUGCAGGUGGUUUAUUCCAGUCAACGUCAUUCUUGCUACAAUAUCAGGUUCACUAAUUGGUUUUAUUGUUGCAUCUAUUAUCCGGCCUCCUUAUCCAUAUUUCAAGUUCACUAUUGUACAUAUUGGAAUUGGUAAGUUUCUUGUUUUUUCCCUAAACUUAAAUGUUAUAUAAUGAACAACAAGCUUCCGUUUUGAUUUGAAGAUUUCCCUACUUUAUUCCCAUUUUUUCCUUUGAUGAACUCAGUAGUCCCUUUCUCUGCUAUUUUAUGCUCAUGUGUUUGUUUGCAUAUGCCUAAAGAUGUAUCAAGAGAACAGUCUGGUUAUUAUUUCCUUAAGCAGUUUCAUUUACUUACUGGAGAAGCACUUAGCAGUCUGAUUCCUGCCUAUGUAGACUAGUUCCAUUCGGAAAAUCUAAAGAAAGUAUGUUGUAUGCAUACAUAAUUGAUUAUUGAAUACUAGUAGAUGUAUCUGAAUUAGAUAAUUGAAAUUCUUCGUCGUUUUACUCUAUUCAGAUCAUUCUGUCCCUCGUUAUUCAGAUCAUUCUGUCCCUCGUUUUACUCUAUGGGUGUGUAAAUUCUGCACCUCAUUAGAGGUGCUAUGACAGGAGUUUCAAGCAUCUAGAUUAUUGCAGAAUUUACACACCCAUUUAUGGAUGCAUUCCAACCAUAGAACAUUUAUUUUUGUUCGAAGUUAACAUUUGAAAGUAACUAGGAAUGGGUUUUCUCUAGUACUGAUAAUAUUCUGCUAUAUGAAGGGACGAUCACUUCUCGCGAUAUUUUGUUAUUAUGUCAUAAAUUUGGUCCACUUAAUUUUUUUGGUGAAAUGCAGGGAAUAUCGGAAAUGUUCCUCUCGUUUUAAUUUCUGCUUUGUGCCGAGAUGCAACAAACCCUUUUGGCGACUCUGACAAAUGUAGUACGGAUGGGACCGCAUAUAUCUCAUUUGGACAAUGGGUAAGUCUGUCCACCGAAUUUAUCACGAUUUUCCUUUUCAAUGGUUUAUAUUUAUACUUUUAAACUAGAUGUUUGGAAAACCUCUUCGUUUCUGCUUUUUUUCCUGUUCUCUGGGGGGUUUCUUCAUUUAUAUGUUCUUCUCUUCCAUAGCCUUCUCAAUUUUUGUAAUUUAUCCUCCCAGGCACAAAUUAUCGCCCUCUGCCACCUAUAAACUGUUGUUAAUGCUUUAAAUUAUUAAUUAUUUCUAAAACUACCGAGCUAAUUGUAACUGACUGUCAUAUUUUCUCUAGUUAUUACAUAUCAUUUUUUCUCUGUUUAUGAAUUUCUCACUGAUCUAAUCGUUUGAAAACUUCUGUUUCGUGUGGCAUUGGAGGUUGGUUAACAAUAUCUUAAAUUAUUCGUACAUAGAUGACAUCUCCCAGGAAACAUAAAGUUGUACCUCAAAGUAUGUUCUUGUGGCAGGUUGGCGCCAUUGUUCUGUACACAUUCGUGUUUCAGAUGCUUUCACCUCCGCCUGGAGGCUCCUUUGAUUGUCCCACAGAGGAAAAGCUUCCGAUUAAAAACCGUCACUCUAAUCCUUCACCAGAGCAGGUGCCUCUACUAACUGCGCAAGCGCUUGAGCCAUCAGAGCUUUCUUCUAGGGGAGGAAAGGUAGAAAUUUAUGAAAUUAAUCUGGUAACUUCAUUCUUUUAUGUUUUCUGAAUAUGUUAAAGGAUCUGAAGGAAGUCUGGCAAGCAAAACUUGUCUCUCGAUAAUAUUCAUAAUUGUAAUGCUCAGCUUCUUUUCCUCGAUUUUUUAAAUGAGUUGUUACAAUAUCAAAAAUGCUUCUUAUGUCUCCACAUAAUUGCGAGGUUACUUAAAAUGCAACUAAAGGUGUUUUUUUUAGCCGCUCAGCACCAAGUGGACUCUCAUUCUAUGCACACUUGAGUCAAACGGAACUUGUUCAUGACUCUAAAUAAUACACUCUAUGUUUUUGGAACUAUGAUCAUAGUCUACCUCAUUAAAUUGAUGAGCAGUGGCAUGUUUUUGCUUCCAAGGUUGGUUUGAGCGCAUGCUUUGAUUUUCUAGCGAGUAGAAACUCGGUAAAUGUUCUUCUAAUCCCUUGCAAGUGCCGGAGUACUCUUGAGGUUGAUCUACUGACGUCCUCACAGACGCCAUCUCUCAAAAGUGGGCAAGGACGAAAUGAUAACACUAUUCUGUUAAAAAAAGGACUUUUUGAAGGAUUCGUACUCCCAACAUAUUCUACCCGGGGAAUGAAAAAUACUGUAAAACAUUGGAUUCUGUUGUCAAGGGAAUUUAAAAUAUGAUAAAUUUAUUGACUUUUGUUAAACUUUUUAAUGUAGAUAAAAUUCGUUAAUUAUUGUUUUUCUGUUCCAGAUGACUAGCAUCUUGUGGUUUUUGAUGGAAAAGCUGAAGUUGAAGCAGAUUCUUCAGCCACCCAUAGUUGCAUCUGUAAGUUGGCCGCCUAAACCUGACUCAGUACAAGAUUAUUCUACUGUGCAAUUAUACUGUUUUCUGCCUUUAGAAAAUCUCAAGUCCCCGGUAAGAUUCCGGGAGAACAUUAAAUUUGAAGGAUGAAUUCCUACGGAUAAUUUGUUUCUUGAAUAGUGGCUGCAUUAUGUCCUUUGUAGUUCAUUGCUGAUUUAUUUCCAGAUCAACUGACUCAACUAUCUUGGUCAUGCUUCUUGAACCAACCAACGCUCUAGAAGGAAAGUGACCAAAUUUUAUGAUGAUUCACUUCUAUAUACUCAGCUGAAUCAUAAUCUAGAGAGAAGGCCAAUCGAGUAAUUUUGUAGAUGACUCCAAGUCAUUCGAAAAACUAUUAUUGUUCUCUCUCUCUCUCUCUCUCUAUAUAUAUAUAUAUAUAUAUAUAUAUAUAUAUAGAUUCUACGUGCACGUGUGAUGCUCUUCAGUGAUUUUGAGGUUGUUCUGUGAUGGAAUUUUUUUAGUUUAGAUGCUCAUCUAUUUUAAGAGGUAGCAACUUAAAAUCAACUGAUCAAUGUUCUUGCAAUUUAACGUAUGCUUUUUGCUUGUCACAGAUUCUGGCCUUGGUUAUUGGAACCAUACCUUUUCUGAAGCGCUUGAUUCUCACGGAUGAUGCUCCGUUCUUCUUUUUCACUGAUAGCUGCAUCAUUCUGGGGUACGCCAAUUGAUUUGCAUAAUUUAUCUUGGACAGUUCAAGUUCAUUCUUACCACGGGUGUUUUUUCUGUUAAGCUACUUUCGAUGAUCGAUGACAUAUGAAAUUAAGCUACUAUUUUAUGCUUUUAAAUCAAUCUUCAGCUUUUUACUUCCAUUAGUCAUGCUGGGAAAUGAAAUAGUGCUUAUUUUAUGUUAGAUUGUAGUUUUAGUAGGAGUUCCAUGCCACAUACUUCACAAGACUGACAAAUAUGAAUAAUCUUUCAAUUAAAUUAUGUUCAAAUAUUUUUUAAAACGGAUCUCUCUCUCUCUCUCUCUCUCUCUCUCUCUCUCUCUCUUCCAGUACCAUCAUUUUAGGGUUUAUGUAAAUUUUUAGAACUGUAAGAUGGGCAGUUUGUAAAUGAAAUGUAUUCUAAUAAAUAUGAUGAUAUGAGGGAACCUUCAUAAUCUUUAAUCAAAUAUGAGAAAUUAUGAGCAUAUAUUUUAUUGUGCUUCCUUUGAUUUUCACCUGAACCUGUUGGCAAUGUCUACACAAUUUGCCCUGGCUCAACAGCUUUCCUUAUUCUAUUCUAAAUACAUCCUCACAUUUUGUUUUUUGCGUCUCAUAAUUCGGGAACUCUUGUAAUUAUUCUCCAUCUUGUAAUUAUUCCUUUUAAGGACAUAAAUGCAACUUUAUUAUUUUCAUUUAAUGAAAAUAUAUAUUUCAUGGCAUAUGAAAACCCCAAAGUCCUAUCUAAUUAACUUUAGAUGAAUAUUUAUAAACUCUCCUCUCUCAUGAAACUGCAUAUUAUUGAAAUGGAAGAAAAUUUAUAGUUAUUAUAUAUUCACUUUAGUUCAAAUAAUAAUAUUAGAAUAAAUUAAAAUUUCAUCUAGAAGUCCCAUGGAUGAGCUAAUCUAGUUUCAUCUUGAUGCUUCGUUGCUCACAGACUUGGUAUGAUCAUGUCGAUGCAUGGAAGUCUUCAUCUCACAAUAGUCUUGAUUAAUGGCAGGGAAGCAAUGAUUCCGUGCAUUUUGCUGGCUCUGGGGGGUAACCUUAUCGACGGUAAGUCCAUUCCACUUCUAUAAAUAUCCUCAGUUUCUCUCUCCCUUCUUCUGCCCGUCUUCUCCUCAUUAAAAAAAAAAGUCAACCCUCCUUCGAAGAACUCAGUUGAACUGAGAUCGUCGACAGCGAUCUCUUCAUGGGGACGCUGUGAUUUCUGGGCGAAAUCUAACAGUUCCCAGAUCCCAGCCAGGGAGAAGACGGAAUCAAUGGUUGACCUUUCCCGUGUUCCUCGGCUGUUCUUCAGGGCCCGGAAGCUCGAAGCUGGGGAUUCGGACAACGGCCGCCAUCAUAUUCGCCCGCCUGGUGCUGGUUCCGCCGACGGGGCUCGGCAUCGUCUCCUUAGCGGAGAAGCUGGGUUUCUUCCCCAGAGGGGACAAGAUGUUCAAGUUCGUCCUCCUCCUUCAGCACUCCAUGCCCACUUCGGUUCUCUCAGGUGAUCUUUUUAAUCCGCAGCCUUCCUUUGGGUGAUCUCUGAUUGGGAGGAGAUUGAGGGGUCUAGAGUUGACUUAGCCGCGGGCUGGAGGCCUCCCCGGCGUUGACCAUCCCAGCUCGGGACCACAACACACGAACUCAAAGUAGCUAAGAAGUCAGAAUCUCGUUGAGAAAUAAAGAAACAUUAGAUUCCCAUCAAGGUUCUUGGUGUUGGCUUUCCCUUCCUGUAAACAUCAAGAAAAAGCUGAUUUUUUUCGUAGUUUUUACCGAUUCCCAUGCUUGUAUCAUCCUCUCUCUCUCUCUCUCUCUCUCUCUCUCUCUCUCUCUUCCUCUCUCACCUUGAUAUCAGAGUGAUUAGACCGACAUUGACCAGGAUGCUCGCUCCUCUUUUCCAACUGACUCCAGGUGCCGUCGCUAAUCUGAAGGGCUGCGGGCGGGAGGCAGCGGCGGUGCUCUUCUGGGUCCACGUCUUCGCGGUUUUCUCAAUGGCUGGAUGGAUCGUUCUCUAUCUAAACUUACUCUUCUGA